AUGACUGGUGUUAACAAUGGCGACAGAAUGACUGGUGUUAACAGUGGCGACAGAGUGGCUGGUGUUAACAAUGGCGACAGAAUGACUGGUGUUAACAAUGGCGACAGAGUGGCUGGUGUUAACAAUGGCGACAGAAUGACUGGUGUUAACAAUGGCGACAGAGUGGCUGGUGUUAACAAUGGCGACAGUAUGACUGGUGUUAACAAUGGCGACAGAGUGGCUGGUGUUAACAAUGGCGACAGUAUGACUGGUGUUAACAAUGGCUACAGAGUGGCUGGUGUUAACAAUGGCGACAGAAUGACUGGUGUUAACAAUGGCGACAGUAUGACUGGUGUUAACAAUGGCGACAGAGUGGCUGGUGUUAACAAUGGCGACAGAGUGGCUGGUGUUAACAAUGGCGACAGAAUGACUGGUGUUAACAGUGGCGACAGAGUGGCUGGUGUUAACAAUGGCGACAGAAUGACUGGUGUUAACAAUGGCGACAGAGUGGCUGGUGUUAACAAUGGCGACAGAAUGACUGGUGUUAACAAUGGCGACAGAGUGGCUGGUGUUAACAAUGGCGACAGUAUGACUGGUGUUAACAAUGGCGACAGUAUGACUGGUGUUAACAAUGGCGACAGUAUGACUGGUGUUAACAAUGGCGACAGAGUGGCUGGUGUUAACAAUGGCGACAGUAUGACUGGUGUUAACAAUGGCUACAGAGUGGCUGGUGUUAAAAAUGGCGACAGAAUGACUGGUGUUUAA